GGAUAGCAUCUGCUGGCCAGAUCGCUACAUGGUACAAAGAUCUGGUGAAGCCAUCCUGGAACCCACCAAACUGGCUCUUCGGGCCCAUGUGGACUACUCUAUAUUUCCUGCAGGCCGUCUCUGCUUUCAUGAUCUGGAAGAGCAUCGGAUUCAAGAAGGCUCUGCCUUGGCUCCUAUUCUUCACUCAGUUGGCCCUGAAUUUUGCUUGGACUCCCAUCUUCUUCAUAGCUCACCAACUCCUUUGGGCAUCAGUGGAAAGCACAUUCCAAGCAUUCUUUAUCCUGUUCACGAUAACGAUAUUCGGUGACAUAAACAAGACAGCAGGUCUUCUCUUGUUGCCUUACUUGGCCUGGGUUACCUUCGCUACUUACCUUUCCUUCACCAUCUGGCAACUGAACCCUGAAACUCUGGGAUUGUGGAUCAUAUUCCAUUGAUGUGGGGCACUAAUGGGCACUCGGAUAAUGGGGCACUCGGGUAUUCGGGUAACCUGUUGCAAUUUCAAUCCAGGUUCCAGAGUGUAGGCGGAUUAAUUUUUUUGCAGAGAGAUGGAUCGGAACAAUGACAGUAUUGGACUGCUUGGUGAUGUUGUGUGCUUUUAUGUUUUAAUAUUUGCUAAUGUUAAAAGCCGAGACCGAAUUUUUAUUUUGAAGUUUUAAGAGGCUGUUUUGAGUGAACAUUGAAACUUUUUUUCGUGACCCAACAAAUGAGGAUGUUUUAAAACUCGUUUCCAAAUUUUGAGUGCCGCUCAAAAUUUAAGAAAUGAGGCUGUUAAAAUUAUUGUAACUUGUAGCUUAUGUAUUACAAUUUAAGAUUAAAAUAAAAUUCAUCAUAAA